AUGUCAGAAACAGAUCUUCCUAGUGUUGUGAGUGGCAAGAAGAUUGGAUUCUUUGAUCCUCAUCAGAAGCAUUUUCAAGUUCUUGAUUGCGACUUAUCUAAAUCGUCGUACAAUGGUACUUUAUUCAGAUUUCCAUUACGCCAGAAACCUUCACCAAAUCUUUCAUCUAGUGUGUACAAUUCACAAAGAAUUCAUGACCUGUUUAAGUCAUUUCAAGCUGAUGCACAUCUUGUCUUGCUAUUUCUCAAGACAGUAGAAGUGAUAUCCAUAUAUGAGUGGCUGCCAGACAGACCAUCUGCUCAUGAAGUUUUUAAAGUAUGUUUAUCAGAACCAACAAAAACAGAUGCUAUCAAGAUAAGGAGACGUCUUUUGAGUAAUAUAUCAGCAGCAACAACAGUUGGGAAACUGAAAAAGGAAUUUGUUUUGGCUCAAUUUUAUGAGGCAGAUAUUAUGUGCACAUCACGAAAAGGACGUCCUAUCACUCAACGGUGGUUAGUUGAAAAUUACAUAAGCACGAAAAAUCCCCAAGUUCACUCAAUGGCAGAGAAAGUGGCCCAGAUUCCAUGGGUCGGACUUGCUGUUCCAAUUGGUGACAAAACGGAGCAUAGCAAAAACUUGGGAAGGAUUUUCUGUUUUCUUCCAUUGCCACCCAGUGAUGAUGCAGACAGCAAUACUGGUCUGCCUGUUCACGUCCAUGGCUCAUUCAGUGUGGCUGAUAAUCGCAGAAGUCUCAAGUGGCCAGCGGAAGACAGGGCGAAGGAUGAGAAAGCAGAAUGGAAUUGUCUGCUAGCUCAGCAUCUGAUAACACAAGCGUACGCUUCUCUGAUUCAACAUGCCAUUAAACUUGAUCGUGGAAUUGUAUCUGUAGCAGAUAUUUAUGCCAUGUGGCCUGACAGUAGCCAUGUUGAGUACCACUGGUUGAACUAUGUAAUAAAGUCACUCCUUAGAUAUCUUUCUGAGCACAAAGUGCUGUAUGGUGUCAGUGAAUUAGGAGAAUCUUGGGAAUCUGUUACAAGUGUGCUUAUCUGUGACAAAGUUGAAAAAGCAUUGGCUCCGAAUGAGUUAGUUGCAGUACAAGAAAUGCAAAGAAUUGGUCAUAAAGUAGCAUUUCCUACUGCCAAUGUUGCUUCAUGCUUGGCUCAAAUAGAAAGAGAGUAUAGUGUUCGUGGUACAGUUAUCUGUCCUGGUGUGGUGGGAAGACAACUGAGAGAAAGCAAGCAUCGUUAUGAAAAGUUGGAUCCACAUGACAAAAUUCUACUGCUGAAGUACAUGCUAAAGAAAUAUACUUAUGAGAGUUUGAUUGGCUUACGCUUGCUACCUUUAGCUGAUGGGACGUUUACAACCUUCUUACAUCCGAGUUCACGACCAGUAUAUCUUGAUUCCUUGCAGUCUCCAAGAUCAUUGUUUCCUGGCCAAAAUGCUAAGUUUUUGCACCAGAAGACUGACAUUGUUGUUGAUAAAGCCUUGAGAGAGGUUGCAGCAGGACAUGGUACACAACUGAAGGAGAUUCAACCUAGUGAUGUACCAUCUCUUGUAUCCGAAGUUUUGUCACCCAUACAGAACACUUGGAGCUCAGCAAUGAAUUGUAGGCCUGAAGAAAUAGAAGGUAGAUCAACUGACUGCUGGAUUGCAGAAUUAUGGAAAUGGAUUAAUCAAAACGUCUCUAAUGUUUCUCUGAAAAAGUUUGAGUAUAUGUUUAUUGUUCCAGUAACUUCAACUAGUGGGGUGAAGAAGCUCAUGAAGCUGGUUUCCGGACUUCCUGCAAUCUUUGCUGAACUUCGGCAUUCUGAUGUACGCAUUAGUAAAGAUCUGGCAGAAGGACUGGAAGGUUUGGGUUGUACAGUUUUGUACAAUUCACCUAAAUACCUUGUGUCUUGCAGUGAGCUGUGGAGUGCUUACAUUUGCCAGCCAGUGCAGAUACUUAGGUGUAUUUCUCGAGUUUCCGACGCUAUCUCUAAGUGUCAUUUGUUGAGUCAAGCACAAAGGUGUGAACUGCUCAUUAUUGUGGCUUCAGCCGUUCAAGUCAGUCGUCCUGCUCACGAGGAAAUAAAUGUUUUAAAGUUUCUUCCUGUGUUUCGUGAAUGGGGAGGAAAAAACUUGGAAUCCUUGUCUCAUUGCAAUCAAAUAGCUCCAGCAGAACUCAAAGAGACUUUACCCAUCAUCAAUGCAACUCUGAUUGCCAAUCCUGAUUUGGAGACAAACCAGAUAUUGAGGUUUCUUUCUAGGAACUCAAAUUAUUAUCAGCUUACUUUAGAACAAGUUUUUAUGAAGUUUGUUUUCAGUCAGUUUCAAGUGUAUUUGACAGAUGCCAAGGAGAAGCUAAUCAAAUUUGCUUUAGACAACGUUCACUUUAUGAGCGUUAAAGCUUGUCAGACAAUGGCCUCUCUUGCUUUCAUUCAAACUGGUGAUGGCCAACUAAAAUCCCCUAAUGCAGUUUUCAAUCCGAAUGAACGCUAUGUUUCAGAAUUAUAUGGAGAUCAGCGUGUUUUUCCUACUGGCCCUUUUGCCUUGAAAACCAGAUAUGGUAAUUUACUUUCUCGGCAUGUUGGUUUUCGAAAACUGAGUGAUAUUACCGCAAAUGAAUUGUGUCAGUUGGCUGAACAUGUAGCUAUAACGAAGAGUAAGUCCAUGGCAAAAAUACUAUUGAAAUUACUGACUAAAGAAGAAUGGGCUCAACAGCUGUUGCAGAGAAAAUUUGAAGGUAAAAGAAAAAGCGGCCGAGUGAAGUGUUGUGAAGCACUGGCGAAUGUGCCUUGGAUGCCGGUUAUUGAAUGUUGCUCUUCUUUUUACCCAAUUGAUAUGCCUUGGACUGGCUCUUGUUCGAUUGCUUUGCCCAGAAAUGUAGCUGUACCUUUUGAUGAUGUAACUUCAGGAAGACUUCAGUUGCUGGUAGGAAGCCAGUUGGCUAUCCUAGACCAUACAUCAACUGUAUCUCAAAAGGUAGCUCAGCUUCUUUUAUGCGCAUCUUCGACUAAUGUGUACGAGGCAGUCAUUAGACAACUCACUGAAGCUCAUAGGUUGUGGAAAGCGAAUUCAGUGGCAGAAAGCAGUCAUGCAAAGUUUGACAAAAUGCUCCAAGAACUGUUCUGUACAUUGGGAUCUGCAUUUAAUAGCAGCAAUUCGCUUGCAAAAGUUAUUAGACAAGGCCUCAAGACUGCACCUGAUGACUGGGUGUGGUUAGAUGGUUUACAAGGCUUCACAAUGCCUAAACAGCUCGUUGUUUCUAGUGCUAUUCCAGUUUUGUUAGAGCCAUGGGUUUACAAAAUUGAUCAAUAUCGUCAUUUGAGUAACUGUAUUGAACUUCUCCAGAUGAGCGGGAUGAAGUCUAAUUUUGAAGAUGAAGACAUUAUUCUGUCUGUUCUAAGUGCAAUGAAAGUGUUAUAUGAUAGCGCGAUGCCUAAAUUGGAGCAUAAGAAGAUGGAACGUGAUCUAGAACUGACAAUUACAAUUCUCAACUGGUUGACUAGAGAUCAAGCAAUCCUUUCACAGAACCUACAGCAACGUCUUCUCGUUCCUGUGGACAGGGAAGACAAUAUUCUGGAAUUGUGCCCUUGCUCAGAUUUGAUGUAUUGCGAUGCGGAAUGGCUUCGUCACGGCGGUGACUUGGAAGUUGCGCAGUAUCGCCUUAUUCACAAGCAGAUCUCUUCUGAAACCGCUUUCAAAUUGGGUGUCCCAUCUCUUAGCAAUCGUCUGGCUCCAUCUGAAGAGCUACCGUUUGAACAGUUGGGACCUCAUGAGUCCCUGACGUUAAGGCUCAAGAACAUCCUGAAGGAAUACAAGGACGACGUUGGGAUAUUUAAAGAACUGCUUCAAAAUGCUGAUGACGCAGGAGCAACGAGCGUCAAGUUUCUCAUAGAUUGGAGAGAACACGAUAAAUUUUCAUUGCUUGCUCCAGAAAUGAGCAAAUGCCAGGGCCCUGCUUUGUGGGCAUUUAAUGACUCUGUGUUCUCUGACGAGGACUUUGUCAAUAUCUCAAAACUGGCUGCUGCCACAAAGCAGUCUAAGCUAGAAAAGAUUGGGCGAUUUGGUUUGGGCUUCACAUCUGUAUAUCAUAUGACCGAUGUGCCUAGUUUUGUCAGUCGUCAAUUUGUGGUUAUUUUUGAUCCUCACAAGAGGCAUCUUGGAAGUCACAUUAGGAACCCGUCUCAGCCUGGUAUCAAAAUUGAUUUUGUGCAAAGACCAAUUGGUCAACGAUUUCCCGAUCAGUUUCAACCUUAUGCUGAUGUAUUUGGCUGCAAGCUAGUAGAAGGCGUUAGUUUUGACGGGACACUGUUUCGUUUUCCUUUUCGAACUAAGGAACAAGCUGCUGUAAAUGAAAUAAAGAACGAACCAUAUGAUGAAGACCAACUUAAAACAUCACUGCAAGCCUUGAAAGAGGUGUGUGGCAAGUUGCUUAUCUUUCUUCAACAUGUCCGAUCUGUUGAAGUAUUUGAAUUGAAGUCAGACGCAGUCAGUCCUUCAGAGAUGAAACAAAUUCUUUCUGUCGCUCAAACAGAAGCAGAGUCGUUCGGAAGUCAUCAGCAAAUGCUGAUGUCCUCUUGCAGUCAGCUGCAAACAGGUUAUUUUCAAAGGCUUUCUGGUUCUGUAUCAAAUUGUGAAAUCAAAUGGCACGACUUAACAGAUAAGGAAGUGAACACUGCAAACUGGCUGGUGUGCUCUCAGGGCAGCAACGGUGAUGCUUUUCAGUUUUCAAGCAAGCACUGGGGUCAGAAACGAGGGUUUGUUCCGUUUGCUCAGGUUGCAGUUCUUUUGCGAGAGAAUUAUUUACCAUAUUCCAUUGAUGGAGAAACAUUUUGUUUUCUUCCUCUCUCGGAAAAGACGGGUUUGCCUUUACACGUAAAUGGUACGUUUGCUGUGCUAUCUAACCGUCGUGGUAUCUGGUGGCAUGGAACGGAAGAAACACGAAUUGGAGGCAAAACAGAUGUUGAAGCAGAAUGGAACGAGAAGCUGAUCAAUGAUUGUCUGGUUCAGUCAUACAUUUCUACAUUGAAGCAUUUGUCUGAGCGAUUAGACUACAGGGACAAACCUGAAUUCUUAUCCCAUUACUACGCUUUGUGGCCUAAGCAAGCGAAUCUUUCUCACGCAGUUUGGGAAACUUUAGCUUUUCAGUUUUAUAAGGAAGUUAUAAAUGGAAGUGACAAACUCGUUUGUAGCAUGAGUACUGAUGGUUUCAAGUGGAUUUCACUACGCGAUUGUGCGAUUUUAUCUAAUUCCGUAAAGAAAAUGUUGCCACACGCAGAACAUAUCAUGAAACAAGUUUGUCCAAGCUAUGUUGAAUUGCCAAAACAUGUGUGGGAUGGUCUUCACAGAGCUAACAGUAAUAUAAUGGAAAAUGUGACUGUUGAGGAAGAGCAGUUUCUUUUGAAAUGGUUUGCACCUCACGUGCAGAAAAUGAACUUUGAGAUUCGAGAUGAUUUGUUGAAGAUUUUGUUGACUCGUGUUCUUACAACUGGUCAUCUUAUUUCCUGUCUGAGCAACUUAGCUAUAUUUCCAUGCUGUCCUGAUGGACAAAUGCUACGUACUGCAUCAGAUAUGAUUGACCCCAAUUGUGAUGAAGCUGAACUAUUUGACAGAGAAGAAAGCAGAUUUCCUGUUGAGGAAUUGUGUCAAAGAGAUGAGUUAGUUCUUGCUUUAAAGAAAUUGGGAAUGAAAUCUACAGGGAGUUUUACUUGGAGUGACGUAGUAGAGAGAAGUGCAACUGUGAGGUCAUUGGAGAAAGCCAAUCACGCACGAGCAAAGAGGAGAAUUAGAGCUCUAAUAAAACUCAUUGAUAGUUUGUGUAAGAAGCCAGAGCGGUGUUCAACUGAUCAGUUGGAGUUGCUUAGAAAUACGCCUUUUCUAUUGGUAGAAAGCCGACCAAGAGAUUAUCCAAUUGUGUGGUACGCAGAUCAUUGCGAUGAAAGAGUUGUUACUCCUGUCGAAGGUUACGUUUGGAGAUGUAGAUAUGGAGUUGGCUCUCAGGCAUAUAUUAUUGAUAGUUCUCUUCAAGCUGCCGUGAUUGAUUUGCUAGGUCUCAGUUCCUCGCCUCCGUUGACAAUGUUGAUUAUGCAAUUAGACUUGGUUAUUGCAGCCUUUCAAGAAAUUGGGACGAAGACAUCGUUUCUAAUGGAAAUCAUUGACAUGUUGUACAAAGAUCUGCAGCGCAGAUACGACGAAGAUGAAGCAGGCGAUAUUGUGACUGCACUUGAUGGCAAGGCGUGGAUUGUUGUGGAAGAUCAUGCAAUGAAGUCUGAUCAGUUGGCUUUUGAGUGGAGGAAAAGUGCACCACCUUAUCUUUCCAGCGUUCCUAGUGAACUCUUACACAUGAAGAGGUUGUUGGAAGGUACCGGGGUACACAAGGUAUUUCAACCUCUAGAUUUUGUUAUUGCAUUGCAACAAAUUUGUGCAGCAGAAAAUGGAGAACGAUUGAGAGUACCACUUGUUAGUUAUGUUGAACAGCUGAUUAUCCCUGAAUUUGCUAGUUUGACUGAAAACGAGUUGAUAACAUUUCGAGGUAACUUGGAAGUCCCUCUAUUAUCUGAAGAUGGGCGUUUGAUUCCAGCUUCCAGGUUAGCGUACAAUGAUGCUCCGUGGAUGGAUAGUUAUCUAAUAGAAAAACACGUGUACGUGCACUCUUGUGUACCGCGAAUUACUGCACAACGUCUUGGAGUAAAACUGGUGAGAGACACGGUGCUUGACAGUUACGCUUGCGAUAUACCUGGAAUGGAAUUUGGUCAACAUGAGCCUCUUACCAAGCGCCUUCAGAACAUUUUAGACGAAUAUCCAGCUGACGAAGGGAUUCUGAAAGAACUAGUGCAAAACGCUGACGAUGCCAAGGCGACGGAAAUACACGUUAUUUUCGAUCAACGACAAUACAAGACACAGCGUGUUCUUUCUGAUGAGUGGGAGUCAUUACAAGGUCCUGCUAUCUGUGUUUAUAACAACCGACCGUUUACAAAGGAAGACAUCAAAGGAAUUCAGGAUCUUGGAAGAGGCAGUAAAGGUGAUGAUCCUUCACUUACUGGGCGAUAUGGAAUAGGUUUCAAUGCUGUCUAUCAUUUGACUGAUUGUCCAUCUUUUCUUUCUGACAACAAGACGCUUUGUGUGUUGGAUCCUCAUUGUCGUUACGUUUUUGGAGCAACUAAAGAGAAACCGGGGAGAAUGUUUGAUACGGACGAAUCAUUUUGGAAGAAAUUUUGCGAUAUCCGUGAUUGCUACAGACCAAUUGUUGGAAUAACAUUGGGAGGUGGAACUCUUUUUAGGUUCCCGUUACGAACAAAAGCAAUGGCAGAUAUCUCAGAAGUUAGCAAAAACGUGUUUGACACCGAACGUGUACAGACGCUGAUGAAGACGUUCAAGCAAAGCGCACCGAGCAUGUUACUGUUUCUCAGCAACGUUAGUUGUAUCAAGUUGACUUCCAUUUCUAAGAAUUCUCAAGUCAUCAGCUCUUAUGAGGUGAAGGCCGAUCUUUCUUCUAGGGCCGAAGAAGAACGCCAGAAAAUGUCAAAGAUAGUUGCAGACAAUAAAAGCAGACUAACGUCCGAAAUAGAAUACGCUGAUGUAUUUUAUGAACUCAAUAUUCGUGUGAUCGAGAGAUUGGAAAACUCUGAUCGUACGCAAAAUGCACCAAUGGAAGGAAAAUGGUUAGUUCAGCAGUCCAUCGGUGUACUGCACCGGAACGAAUCAAAGUUUGCUGUAGAAGGUCGUGGCAUGUCAUUGCUGCCUCUCGUAGGAAUAGCUGCUCCUCUGAGAAGCCGCCUUCGUCCUAAGCAAAGCAAUUUAUUCUACUUUUUGCCUCUUCCAGUGUGUUGGGAGCUUCCUGUUCAGAUUAACGGUCAUUUUGCUCUCGAUUCACGGAGACGCGGAUUGUGGGUUGAUUCAAACCAGUCGCAUGUGGCUGUCAAGCAUAAAUGGAACGAAGAGCUCAUUAGACUUGUGUUGGUUCCAGCGUACGCUUUGUUUGUACUUCAAGCUCGCGACUACGUCACCGUCAGUGGUGGUGGUGGCACCGGCAAACCUUCUUUGCGUGAAAGCUUAAAUUGGUUUUAUCAUUUGCUACCCAGAUAUAUUGGUAAGCGUACCGAAUUGGCCUAUUUGGAAAUUUUGCUUAAGGAAUUCUACAUUUAUAUUGUUGAACACAAUUUGCCUCUUCUGGCUUACACUGGACAGCCUGCCGUUUCUGUUUGCGAAUAUGUGAAGGAUACAUCUGAAAGUCAGAAGAAACUGCUGAAGGACAUUAUUCCAGUAGAAUCUGGCGAUGAUGAAGUCACGUCUGUUAAGUGGCUUCAAAUCGGCAAGAAAACGGAUAUCGGUACGUUGACUGGGUACUUUUCUCCGUUCACAGAUGGCAGGCAAGAUACUUACGCUCUUGAGGUCGUUCUAUUGCGCAUCGGGUUUCCUGUUGUCUUGUCACCGCCCAGUUUGCGUUAUGACAUUUUGAAAGCAAACGAAGGUGCGAAUGUGGACUUUGUAAGCCCUCGAGCAGUCUAUUUGUUUUUGAGAAAUUAUCGGACUGCUGGUUCAUGUUGUCGACUUCAAUGUGACAGUCUAGAAAAGACGAGUUUGACGAUUAGGGCCGCAAAUUUGGUGCUUGAGUACGUUUUGGUAGAGACUAAGGAAUCUAUUACAAAGUGUGACAAAGAGUUUGAUACAACGUGCGAUACGAAGUCAGGUACAAGUUACUUGAGUGGUCUUCCUCUUCUCAUCACUGCUGAUUGUCGACUGUGCGAGUUUUCUACGUCUCGGACUGUUUAUGUUUCUCGUUACAGUGACCUUUUACCCAAAGGACCGCAUCUGUUUGUGCACAAAGAACUCAUCGGAACGUUGGAAUAUUUGGAAGAUCUCGCUUUACGUGAACUGAGCCCAGACGAGCUUGUUCGUCAACUACCGGAGCAAGAUGUGUUUCCUCUUGACUGGUUGGUAAGCGAUGAAUACAAGGGGUGGGAUUCCUCGGCUAGCAACCGAACCUGCGUUUCUAGCGAUGUCGGUAAUGAUUCUGCUGUUGGUCCUUCAAAACAGUGGAUAAAAAGGUUGUGGUCUUAUUUGAAAACAUACGACUGCAACGUAGCCCUCAAAGCCUUAGAGAAAAUACCGAUUAUCUCAGUAGAUGGUGGGAAAAUGUUGGUUCCUCCCAUUUUGUCGCACACCGUUCUUCUGCCAAUGCACUCUAACUUGUUUCCUGGUUUGCGUCAAGUUUUGCUGGGACUGGGAGCAGUCGAAGUAGACGACGUUGUGACAGAGUCUUUAUUUAGAGCUGCUGACAUCGAGCUCCCUAGUCGUUUCAGCAGCAAGAAAUCGCAUUCAAACGUAUUUGCUAACAUUGACAAUCCUGUUUCAAUUGUUAAAGUUCUUCAGUAUCUGUACAAAAGUCGCCAGGCGCAACUACUCUCUAUCGGUAAUGUCAACAUUAUUCUGAAGUACUUUCAGAAUAGUUCUAUAAAUUCGUCAGAUGCAGCUGGAUUGAAAGGGCUGCCCUUGUUUGAGACAGUGGAGGGCAUUUUGACGGAGAUUGCGUCGUCUAAAUGGGCGUACACUCUACCGAGAGAAUUACCCAGUUGUGGAUCUAGAGUAUGGAUGACUGAAGCACGCUGUAUCUUCCUCAGGCAGCAAGACGUUUUCGAUAAAAUUUAUGAAAAACUUGGACUGAACAGCAAGACAAGUGAGGAAGUGUACAUGCGGUACAUUUUACCAUGCUUUCCUAGAAUGUCUCAAGACGAUCGUAUUGUACAUCUCGUGUUUAUAAUGAUGCGAUUUGAGAAUAGUGAGACAUUGAUUGAGAAAUUGAAAUCUACUGCUUGUUUUGACAAACACGGCAGGCCUGAAAAAAUUGGUGAAUUGUACGAUCCAAGUGUGGCACUGUUUAGGAAAAUGCUUCUAUCAGAGGAAUUUCCUCCCAUACCGUUAGAGUCUGUUCUUUCAACAGAUUUACAAUAUAAAUGGCUACCGUUCCUUGUACGUUUAGGUCUGAAAACAGUGUGUCCGCAUUUAAAAUUUUUGGAAUUGGCAAAGGGCCUGGAAUUAGAAGCAUCCAAGUGGACUUUGUCAGGCCGCAAACCUGCCGGCUACAAGAACUGGAAGGAAAGAUCAAAGGAGAUGCAAUAUCACCUUAUUCACUGUAUGAACAAAUCUUGGUGUGACCCAAAUUUUACGGCAGCUGUAACUGAGAUCAGGUUUCUACCGUCAAAGAAGGUUAACGAGCAACUAAGAGACCUAGCUGCUCCAUUUUAUGAGCGCAAUACAGCAAGCAGUUACGCAACCAGUUACAGUAAGGGCGUAUUGUACUCUCGCAACAACGAGAUGCUUUGCUGGACGUCUCAAGCAUUACUCGAUGUGGAGUAUAUACAGAAUCAACGCCAGCGGGCACAGUUUCAAACGGAGCUUCGUAUUAACAUGCAGCCGAAGCUUGACGAUGUUGUAAUUCACUUUCGUCUUCUUGUUGAACAAGCAAAGACUGUCGUUUAUCCUUCAUGUCAAGUUGAUGAUGACGUUGUGAAGCUGUUGUCAAAUGUUUUGUCUGCUAUUUUCAGCCAUUUUACAAACAUUGUUUCUGGCAAGCCUCUGCAGGAACUGCCACCGUUUGCUGAUUUGCGAUAUAUGAAGUCUCUAUCGGCUGAUCUGUUUGCAGACGGCUGCCGAGUUGUUGAAUUUCUCUCAUUUUAUUCAUCUAUUUUCAUUCCCGAUAAGCAGGUGUUUGUUAAACCUCAACAAGUCGUGUUUUCUCUCGAGCACAGGCUUUAUCCUUACCUUUUUCAACUUCCACGAGAUUUUGUAUGUCACCAUUUGCUGCUGAGACGUAUUGGAGUGGACGAGAAACCGAGAGCGUUUCAUUGUGCUCGCAUUUUAGAAACUAUCAAGACACGAUACCGAGAUGACAAAGUAGAUUCCGCUUCAGAUUGGACAGUUAUGGUUUCUAUUGUUCGUUUGCUGUUUGAGACUUUGAACGCCGUAACGGGUCCAUCGCUACAACAGUCUCCUGUACAGAACGACAGUUUCUCAACCGAUGCUGUCGAGAUGGCUCUCACCCCGCUUUACUUGCCCAGCCGAGAUGGUGUGCUUUUUCCUGCGGCAGAUCUUGUGUAUUUAGAUCGUAUUCAUUUGGAGAAUCAUCUUGUUCAUUUUGGCCAGUACAACUUUUUAAUUGAUCUGGUGACAUGCGGUCUUUCAUCCCUUGAAGAAGAGACGAUAGAUCUCUUACCAUCCCGUCUGAGACCGCAAAAAUUGUCACAUUUGACGGAGGAAGUUUUAGAUCCCGAUUGUCUUCUUGUUACUGACAACAAAGAAGAAGAGCAGGAGCAAUUGGCUACAAUGUAUCAACGUCGUUUUUCUGCUCCUUUUUUUGCGGCAGGAAUUCGCAGCAUUUUUAUUUACGAAGCUAGAACUCGACGUAUACCAGACGAGGUAGAGACUGGUCUAUCUUUGCUGCAAACUUGUUUUCGUGUCCGCUGUCUUCCUGAAAUUCGGACAUGUCUUAAAUCACGAAGUGGGGAAGAUAUGAUAAAGUUGGAAGGCGUACAGAAGUGUUGUUUUCUUGAACAAACAGAAUCAGAAGUGACGCUUUAUGUUGAAUCAAAUAGUGCAGCCGAAGGAAAGACGACGGAUGCUGAUACCAGAUUUCAUGGUUUGAUAGCACGAGAACUACAGUCUUUCUUGCGUACUAAAUUGCUGGAAUUUCCGUUGAUAAUGAUUGUUCUCUGCAAAUAUUGGGCAUCCAUACCCAAAGUUUUGAAGAGUCUCAAUAUUCCAUUCGUCGAUGAAGACGACCUUGCUCUAAACACCACUGAAACCGUUGAGUUUUACCCUGGUAUGGAACUUCUUUCCAGUCAUUUAGCUCUUCUACACAAAUCAGAUUUUUAUCACAGAUUCAACAUUGACGAGUGGGUAGCGUACGAGGUGGAAGAGAACCGCUUUAUCUACGCCAUCGUUGUCUAUCGAGAAUACAACCCGGAUGAGGCACGGUCAGAGUUGACGACACGUUACGGAAUUUAUGUAGGAGAAGAAGAACCGAAGAUAGUCAGCAUACUGUCAUUAUAUGCUUUCACAGAUAAAGAUGAAUUUCAACAUCAACAGGAACGCAGCUUGGUAUUGACGGAGUCGUCUUCCCUUCUCGAUGCCAGUUCCGACAUUGAUGCUUCUGCAACCCUGGAGAACAAGAAGGAUGCAGUCCGAAAACUACUGAAUGAGAUAUGGAAAUUGUCUAAUGAAGACAGGAGGAAAGCAAUCAAACGAUUGUACCUACGAUGGCAUCCCGAUAAAACAGAUGAUCGCGAUGGUGAGGAAGUGUUCAAGUUUAUAAAAAUCGAGGUUGACCGUUUGGAGAGAGGAGAACCUCAAUACACCGGAGGUAGUUCCUACAGCAAUUACUACUCGAAUUGGGACUCAUAUGCUACACGUUACAGUAGAAGCUACCGAAACUCUUCUUCUUUCACUUACCAUCCCCCACCUUGCUCCAGCUAUCGCCAUUUAGUUCGAAACGAGCGUUUAGGCUUUCUGUUCGUGCAACAGGCAGAGGCGGAUUUGAGUGCAGCAGAAGCAUUGUUUCGCACGGAAGACAGCGAUGAGAGACGAUUUGCUACUGUUUGCUUUCUCUGCCAUGAAGCAGUGGAGAAGUCAUUAAAAGGUUUGUUGUAUAUCAAACGCGGCAUUCCGGAGGAAGACCGACAUAAACACUAUUUCCGCUUUUUUCUCGGAGCAGCAGGUUUGCCAGGAUGUCCGCCCACUCUGGAAGAGUUUGUUUCUAUGGUCAGUGACAGUCACUAUCUGGACACUCGAUACCCGGACAGACACGACGUUGUUCCUGCCACCCAAUUUUCAAGAGAAACAGCACAACACAGUCUGAGGGGAGCCAGAGGUGUUGUAGCAGAUACUCUAACGUUUGCUGAAGACAACAGUUGAAUAUGACUCUUCACGAAAAGGCUGUUUAGCAUUAUCGCUCGUAUCUUUUAAUCCCUAGUGUUCACUGCAGUUCUGUUUUUAUCUAGUAUAGUACAUGACACAUCCACUAAUUGUCAAGUUUGCGCAUGAAUGUUGUAUUGUCAGCUAUCGUAGUUAGCAGUGCUUGCAAGGUAGGCCGAGGUUAUCUCUGAAAUACAAUGUAAUAGCUGUGUAGUAGAUAUUAAAUGUAUGUAUACGUUUUUGCUGAUUGCG